UCAGGUCAGUCACUGAUACAGAUGUUUGGACUAUUGUUUUUGUUACCAGUGCUGGUUUACUCGGAAGAUUCGUCAUGGCCUGCUAGGGAGUUUAGAGGUGCCUUUGUAGCAACAGUAGCGAAUAUUGAUUGGCCCUCUUCUCGACAUUUAACAACAAAUCAGCAGAAAAACGAACUGAUAAACCUACUAGACAAAUUACAGAAACUUAACUUCAAUGCAAUUGUAUUACAAGUACGCCCGGCCGGUGAUGCAUUAUACAGUUCAAAGCUAGAACCAUGGAGUUACUACUUAACGGGAGAACAAGGAAAACCACCGUCUCCGUUUUAUGAUCCACUUGAAUUUUCCAUUACUGAGGCUCAUAAAAGAAACAUUGAAGUACAUGCUUGGUUUAAUCCGUACAGGGCGCGGUCAGGAAGUACUUCUAGUGUCGGUUUAGCACAAAAUCACAUUGCUCAUACCUAUCCACAGUACAUGUAUAAGUAUGGUCAUGAUUUAUGGAUGGAUCCAGGAGCCAGUGUAAUUCAGGAUCACGCCAUUAAAGUUUUUCUUGAUGUGGUCACCAGAUAUGACAUUGACGGGGUUCACAUAGAUGAUUAUUUUUAUCCUUAUCCAGUUUCAGGCACAGACUUUCCAGACUCUCAUACUUACACAUCAUAUAAACAAGGUGGUGGUAACUUGGGAUUGUCUGACUGGCGGCGUAACAAUAUCAAUACGUUAAUUCAAAAAUUGUCGACACGUAUCAAAACUAUCAAGCCGUAUGUCAAGUUCGGCAUUAGCCCGUUUGGUAUAUGGCAACCCGGUUACCCUCAUGGCAUACAUGGAUUUAACUCCUUCACAUCAUUGUAUGCGGAUUCGAGAAAAUGGUUCAAAGAUGGCUGGCUUGACUAUGUUGCACCACAACUGUAUUGGCAAAUAGACCCUCCUGCUCAAAGUUAUCCUGCACUUUUGGAUUGGUGGUUAGACCAAAACACUCAUCAACAUCAUGUUUACACAUCAAACUAUGCCUCCGCUGUGUUUGCCAAACACUGGUCUCCCAAUGAGCUGGAAAGGCAGGUUCAAAUAUCUCGUUCAAGAGAUAGUCGGAAAAGUUUUGGAAAUAUCCAUUUUAGUGCAAAAGUUUUCGUAGGGAAUAUGCACGGAAUGAGUGACGUUUUUCAUGCAAAUGUAUAUACUUCACCCGCUCUUACACCCGAAAUGCCAUGGCUGUCCUGCCCUAACCCACAGAAACCCUCAAAUGUUAAAACACAUGGAUAUAACGUGUCUUGGACCCAAGAUACAAGUGGUCAUGUGAGAUCAUGGGCAAUUUUCCAUUUCAUAGCAGAGGUUUUUGGUCUUGUUACUGUGUUGCCUCAAGAUUCUACAUCAUUCGCCGCUACCGAAAUUGGAAGCUAUGUAAUUGUUUCGUUAAACAGGAUCGGAAAGCAAAGCACGGAGGAAAGAUUUACAAUUGAGCUUAGUUUGGUUAUAGGUUAAAAGUUUGCAUAAAAUUUUAGUUAAAUUGUAUAACACAACAGAAUAACGUCUAUGAUGAUCUCUAUUCUGAUUAGACGGGUAUUCUUUAAAGUUUUACUGACGCCAUCACGAGUUGAUUGGCCGUUUUGUUGAGUUAGGUUCCUAUCUCAUUGACAUAUUCUCAAUAAUUAUUUUUUUAAUGAGCUAAAUGUUUUGUCUAUUUUCGAGUGUUUUAGAAAGAAUUAUGUUAAUUCGUGUUCAAUUGUGACACCAAUCUUUAUUUUUAUUUUAUUUUUGUCAUCAACGAUAAAUGAAAGGGAUAAGAGUGUGAACAUCACUGUUUUUCAAAAAUUUAUGAUUUAUAUAAACAAUGAGAUUUUGGUAUCUUUAAACAUUUUGCAAAAUAAAUAUAUAUCUGAUAUUUAUCAAAUAUUUUGCUUUGCAAUCUUGAAUUGCUGACUAGAAUGAACUGACAUCACCCGAAAGAGGGAUUCCUUCUGUCUGAUUUGCACCAAAACUAGCGGUUAUGUAUUUGAGAUAUAUAUACAGAUUCCAAGAUUCAAUUAUAGCAACAAUGUUCAUGUUCAGUCAACAAGGAAACACAACAAUAGGAUGAGUUAUUAUCAUAUCAAUAAUAAAUCUCAUAUCAAGACAACAGUUACUAUUACCUUUGGAUGACAGUUAGAA